UUAACUCAUUUCCCCCAAAGUCAUGGCGUCCUAUCAUCAUUUAUUACAACAUACCAAACCUCGGUCUGAAUCUCCUGCCAAGAUAUUUGCGAAGCUGAAAUCCAAAGUACAGAGAGAAGCGAUAUGCGCGAAGGAUCCGCUGUGUAACGUAAGCAAGAGACACGGAGCAGAUUUUAACUCGCCGAGGAAGGGAGCGGAGAGCUUCAUGAUAACCACUGAGCUCAAGGAAAAUCAAAGGAUAGGUUCUUAUCGCAAUGAAGUGGAGGCUUUGACCCUCUCGCCCAUAUCGACUCCUCAGAAAACCUUCAGGUACUCAUUUGCUGACAAUAGCAGCAAGCAUGUGGAAGACAUGCCUGUUGAAAUGGGAAAUGCUUUUAUGUCAAGAAACGGACACACACCAACAAAGAGAGCACUCCUGGAGUCAACAGCGGUGUCCCGUCCCCUGUCUCUGGUCAACAGAGAACGGAUCCACAUAACACAACCUCAGAUCAGAGACUUGGGUGGUUUCCAGGUGACCAGCAGGACUCCAGUAAAGACAGCCACAGAAAAUGACCGUGUAAAGGGCGUGUUUGAGGAGGAUCAUGCUCCUCUGGACAAGCUGAUGUCUCCAGCCAAAACGUUUUCCCCCAUGAAGACGAGGGUGAGAAAGAGAAAGUGGGAGCAGCAGGAGCUAAACAAAGUCAGCAGCACUACAAGGGAGGUCAACAAUGAAGGUAUAAGUCAGCCACAAGUAAGGAAAACCUCCACUGCUUUCAGUGAGCAUAGUACCCAUGACAAUACGUGCCUUGAGGAUUUGGGUGAUAUUAGAGAGUUCCCUGCUGACCAAUCAGAGAUGAACCAGGUGACUCAUGAACCUGUGUCCCCACCACCAAGAUCCAUCAUAGAGAAACGUUGCUUUGUUAGGAUGGAAAAAUAUCAGAUGUCUCCAGCCAAGAUGUUUGCAUACAUGAAGGAGAGGGAAAGUAAAAGGGAACAGCAUGGAUAUCUUGAAGUCAGCAGCAGCACAAGGACACUCUUUGAUGGGGGUAAUUUCCAUCAGUCCAGAGACACAGCUCUCUCCACACCUCACAAUAUGGCUGAAAUGGAGGACGUUGUCUUUAGAAGUGUUUCUGAAAGUGUGGUCCCUUUCAACUGCUCAAGAGUAGAGUCAGCGGACACCCGAUCAGAUCCCUCUGAGGAUUUCCUGAUCCCUCCUGCCCCUCCAGAACCAGUUUUGCUCGAAGACCCACUUGUGCUCAAUUCCCCACAGAUCUCCAUCCCGAAGAAAAACCAGGCUGUGUUCAAGCGUAACAAAUGGCCGCAGCGCACAAAAUUCCCAAAUGAGAGUGUCAUUCAUCUCAAAAACUGGUUCUUGAGGAAAAAUCAUAAAGGCCUGUUUAUUGAUGGAAUCCACAGCGAGGAUAACAUACCAUGGAACAGUAACAUCAUUGUGGACAGGGUUUCUAAUUCUGUGCUGAAGACUGUUUCUGGCAGGAUUUACAUCUUGGCUGGCAAGAUGAACUUGGGUGUUGAAUCUGGGUUUCCUAAUUGGUUUCUGAAGAAGUUUGUUAAUGGUUUCCCUCCAAACUGGAAGGCGCUUUAUGAGAAGUUUCUGUCAGAGUCAAGAGACAGAGAAAUGGAGAGGACCAGUGAGGGGAGAGCCACCAUAACCAAGACAAAAUCUGAGGCAUCCGCCAUCAACUGUGCUGUGAAGCGGCAGAGGCCUUUCAAGACACCCGAUUCCUGUCCUCCUGCUUUCUCCUCUUCUACAAAAGUGUCUCGAAGUGGUCGGGUGAUCAAGCCACCUCUGGAGUAUUGGAAAGGAGGAAGAGUCAUUCUGGAUGCACACAUGAAUGUUACCAUCCAUGAAUGUUAUGAUACCUCCAUAUGCAUCCCUGUCACUACUACAGUGUCUGCGAGGAAGUCACAGAAACCUGCCUGUGUGUUCCUGCCCUGCAGUGAAGGACAAAAGCAAAGUGAAACAGCCAGCGAAGAAGACGCGUCAGUGCCACUGAGGAGGGUGAAGGCUCCACUCCGCAAAUACAACCGAGCCAAGGUUAAUCGUGAAGAGAAGCCCUCUAAUCCACCUGAACCUCCUGUGGAGACAACUAGCAGUCCUGAAGAGUGGUCUGGCAGAACAAGAUCCAGUAAAAGGUGUCCAGCUGUGGAAAGAAUGUUGUGUGUGGACACUGUCGCUCAAAAGCAAAAAGAGCCUGAAAAGGCGUCAACACAGAGGUCAAAAAAACAGAGACAUGACACCAAGAGGCCUUCAGAUAGAAGGCGCAGGCAGACUGUUAUAGCAUCCCCUGAAUCCCCCACUGUUAGAUUACAGCAACAGUUAUCAGAUGAGGGGUUUUCCAGUAAGAGAAAGAACAAGGGUAAAGGAGUGUACAGCAAGAGAAGCGGGAAGGUUCUUAACAAGUCACAGCCAAGCUCCGUGUCUCCAUCGAGUCAGUCUUCGGAGUGCUCUGAGGAAAGUGGGAAGAAACUGAGGACGCAAACCAGGGUACUGAAAAAUAGUGAUGCAGCACAAACUCUAACAAAGUGUAGAAAGAGCAAAUGUACCAAAGUCUCACCACCCACAAAGCUUUUAUCCAAGUCAGCGAAAUCCAGCAAGACACACAAAGCAAACAAAGGCAGCACAAUUAUUCCAGAAGAGCAUGAUAAAGACGAGUGGACCAUGGCAGAGCUCAUGAAGCUGCAAGAGGCUGUGUCCUACUAUCCUAUGCACAUAGCAGGUUACUGGGCAAAGGUGGCAAGGAUGGUAGGAACACGCUCUGCAGAGGAGUGCCACAACCAGCACACAUCCCAGGGAACAUCACAGAGCCCCGCUAAGAGAGCCCAGAAACCCAGAAAGGAGAAGGUGGGAGCACCAAAAGAUCCAGUUACAGAUCAACCUGUGAUAUCUGCCCGAGCGGGAACCUUAAAGAGAAAGCAGCAGGUGCGUCAGUUCCUGGAGGCCAUGCCCAGAGAAGACGUUGAUGACGUUUUCAGCUCUGCGUACAUGCAGAAUAAACGCUUUGAGAUCCCCUCCAUGUGUCUAAGUGAAGACCAUGACUUCGCAAUGUCGGACCUGGAGCCCCUGACCCCUAUGUCGAAGGUUUUUCCUGAGGUGAAGACUCCUCAGUGUCUGCAUAUCACUCCUGGCAUGAUGGGCUCUCCAAACAGGAACCAUGAUGACAAGUAUGUCUAUAAGCUCCAGAAGAGGAUGAAAAAAAAUCAGUUUAAUGUGUGCAAACAGGCUCGUCCUGCAAAGAGCUUUACACCCACACCAUCAGUUAAACGAACAAUGAAGAGAUGUGGUAACACAGAAAAUGACACCUUUGUUGUUUGGGAGAUGUUCCCAGAAAAUGAUGAAGAGUUGUCUGACAGUGGAGAGGAAGAGGAUUUUUACUUCUCAGACAACGACUGAUUGGAAUUGGAUCUGACACGUCAUUUCAUUGUACAAGAAAAAACAAACAAAAAUCUUAAAUGAAUCACAUUCAUUUAAUUCUCAUCAUAUGUGAGCAAUAAAUCAAUUCCAAUUUUUGUCUUUCACAUGUAAGAAAUUCAGGAAUUAAUGUUUCUUCUAAUUUUUAAAAAAAUAUGGAAAUACAGCAUUUGAUCACGUCAGUGUGAAACAAAUGGUAAUAUAAUGUAUAAAAAUGAAACGCAUCUGUCGGGAUGAUAUGGCCAUGAUGCUGACUGAACAGACUUGUGAUGCUGUCUUCCCUGUAAAUAUAGUUUUUGUUUAAAGACCCACAAAUUAGUUGUAACUAUACUUUUAAUAAACUGUUUAAUUCUUAGUUAUGGUUUAUUUGUGUAUAUUACACAUUUAGAGAAAAACUAUGUAUCUAUGUAAGUGGCUCUUAACAUUGGUGGCUUGAGACCUCUCAGAAUGUGUAGUGUAAACAUGAGAUUGUUAAAUUUGAAAGG